AUGGAAAAGGCCAAUGUGCGCUCUCUUCUUCUGUACGAGUUCAAAUGCGGAAGGAGCUUCAAGGAAGCAGCAAAAAACAUAAACGUGGUGCAGUCUCAAACUGUGUCGCAUUCGAUGGCAAGCCGGUGGUUUUUAAAGUUCCUGUCGGGGGAUCUUUCCCUGCAGGAUCAGAAACGCUCUGGGCGCCCUGUAAAGAUAAAAAUAGAGCAGGUGGAAGAGUUUGUGCGAAAGAACCCGACCGCCACGUGCAACAGCAUUGCAAGCAAUCUGGGUGCAAGCAGAUCGACUGUGCAGAAACAGCUGAGGAAGCUUGGCCACAAAAAAAUGAGAAGCAAGUGGCACGUGGAGUCCCCGGACACUCAGCACGCCCAGUAG